AUGGAGGCCAAUGCCAAUUCGCCCUCCACGCCGACCACAACUUCGUCUACGGUGGUGGUGUCCACCCCCUCGCCUGCUGCCAGUACGAGCAGCAAGAGUCAUUUGGCUCCAGCCUCCACCUCCACCUCCGCCUCUGCCACACCCACCACCCACGUCACGCAGUCGCAGCUGCUGACCACCAGCCUGGAGGCCGCCAAGCAGGAGGAUCUCUACAACCUGUCACUGGCCAGCGGUCUGUCCGAGGGUCAGCGCUCCCUCUCCGGCGCCCCGUCGGCAUCCUCCAGCCCCAUUCUGAGUCCGCAGGGCAAGAUCUUCGGGAGGAAUGCGAAUGGAACAAUGAUCACCACAUCCCGGCCGGGCAACGAGGCGGAGGUGCAGCUGUACCGAGUGCUCCAGCGGGCCAGUCUUCUCGCCUACUACGACACGCUCCUCGAGAUGGGCGGUGACGAUGUGCAGCAGCUGUACGACGCCGGCGAGGAGGAGUUUCUCGAGAUCAUGGCUUUGGUGGGCAUGGCAUCCAAGCCCCUGCACGUGCGGCGUCUGCAAAAGGCCCUGCAUGAGUGGGCCAACAAUCCCGGCCUGUUCCAGGGCGUCCUCAUGCCGCAGCUGGGUCUGUGUGAGACACCGCCCAAGCCAGCGCUGGUCUUCAAUCCGGACACCACGCCUGCCCUGCCCCGCCAGAAAUUUCCCUCCUUCAAUGCAACAGGUUCCUUCCAGGCCUCGCCGGCCCCGGUUCCGGCCCCUGGUCCGGUUGUGUCCGCGACCGCGACGGCGCCGGCGGUCACGACGGUCCCCCAUUUAAUAUCCCAAAUUAGUUGCACCUCGGUGCCCGUCCUGCCCUCCAUUGUCCUGCCCUCCACAACACCUCUGACUAGCAAUCCCAAUCCCCAGACACAUUCCAAUGCCAAUCCCAGCAGCAUGCCAGGAUCAGCGGCCUGUGUCUCGGUUAGCACAGCCCACCAGGUCUCCUCCAGCUCACCCCAGCUGACGCCGGUCCUCACCGAGAUGCAGAUCCAGCGCAUCACCAUGUGCGCGGAGAAGAUCGGCCGCCAGCUGCCGCAGCGGGAGCCACGCGCCCAGACCACCCGGAAGCGCACCACCCGCGAACUGGAGCAGGUGAUAGCCAUGAGCGAGCACGAUCCGCGUCGCAUGGACGAGAUCCGUAAGUACUCGGCCAUCUACGGCCGCUUCGACUGCAAGCGCCGCCCGGAGAAGCCCCUCACGCUCCAUGAGGUGUGCGUCAACGAGGCGGCCGCCCAGCUCUGUCGCAAUCCCCAGACCAUCUGGUUGCUUACCCGCCGCGACGAGCUCUUCCCGCUGGCGCGGCAGAUCGUCAAGGAUGCAGGAUUCGGCCACUCGGCGAGCAUAGCCCGCUACGGGGGACUGCUCACCCAGCUGCCGGGUGCCCAUGGUGCGGGUGGAGCACGGGGCUCUGGCUCUGGCUCGGGCUCGGGCUGUGUGCCCAGCGAUGUUGACUGCGAGUCGAGCGAUGCAUCGAUGCCGCCCAAGCGGCAGCGUCUCUCCUCCACGGAGGCGGCACAGCUGCCCAUGGACCUCAACAGGGAAGCUGUGGAGGACUCGCGCUACAAUCUCUUUGCCAUGUACCAGAAGUUCGCCAAGCCGCCAUUCGACCUUACGGAGAUCGCCAAGUUCUCGCUGGGCAAGACGGCCGACUUUGAGGACAACGACUCGCGGUUCUCCUUCAGCAACUCCUCCAGCUCCCCGCCAAUGCCAGUGAACGGCCUGCAAUGGUCUGGAAGGUGA